AUGAUUUCAACAAUAAUUAUUAUUUUUACUUUAUUAAUCAAUGCAAGUGCUAUUAUUAAUUUUAAAUUGAAACGUAAAGAAAUUGGUUUCAUAGUUGAAAAUCCAUCUAUUGGUGAUAAAAUACGUGAAUUCCUUACAAGUCUUCAAUACUUUCGGAUAUUUAUUGGUCUUUGGAAUAUUUUAAUCAUAUUGGCUAUGUUUACGUAA